AUGAUCCACAGAUCUGUCCGGAGUCCGCAUUCUUUCACAAUAAUUUGUCCACCAGCUCAGGCGCUGCCUGCCGGCCACGUGCCCCUGGCUCGACUCCUCCGGCUCACUCCGGAAGAUCGAACCUUCCCUGCGCCAGUGAAGGUCCAAGUCCCAACGUGUGCUGGCGCCGAAACUUUGUGGAGGUCAUCCACAGCUGGAUGGGAGCAAGUAGAAACUGCCACUUUUGAGGAGACCAGAGCAACGGUGACGGUGGACCACUUCUGUGAGUUUGUUGUCACUGGAAAGCCUCAUCCACUCAAAGGCCUCGGUUUCUUGCACGCGCAGGGUGAGAAUGCGCAGGUGAUCAUAAUGCACACUGGCUGCGAGUCCUGCGAAAGAAGCUUAGAAGUGCUUUGCUCGGACCCAGAUAGCCUGCAACCUCUGCGAAGAUGUUCUCCCAACCUUCAGCUGGGAACCUUUCGCAAUGAUGAAGCCCUCGAAAUCAAACAACCUGGUCGAACAUCAAAAAUGAAGAUCCGAUUUCACCGGAUGCCAUUGGUGUCACCGGAGCUGGACGCCCAGUCGCGGCAACACUUUGAUGUGGAGAUCGAGGACAAGAACCACUGCUUUAAGAUCCGGCCAGAAGAGGCGACAGCUGCAACAGCUGCAACAGCUUCAAGAUCUGUUGGGCCACAUGCUGCUAGCUCUGCACAGGCGUUGCUGGAAAUGGUGUUGUUUUAUCCAUCUCGCUGUGCAAUACGUGUGCCGUGCCAGGCAUCGUCAGCUGCCUCGACUGACAUGCGAUCGGCGGCGGCGUCACAGCAAGGACACUUGUUGUUGAGCGGACGCUUCAACAGUAAUGAGAUCCUUGCCUCAAAACACAAUUUUGAUGUGAUUCAAUGUGUGGUUUUGGUGGAUCGAAUGUGCUUUGAACAGGUGCGCCAGAUUAUUGAGUAUAUGAAGGCAGUGAAGAAGCAGCUGGAAGCUCGAAACGUACCGGUUUUUAUGGUUGAAGCAACGGUCGGCCAAAGUUUUGCUGACCUGACACGGAUAGGACUGGGCCGUGCCAAAGGCAUGGUAACAUUUUGCACGUCGGAAUAUGGGGCAUACACUGGUGUAGGAUAUGAAACUUUCCAUGAGCUUGAAUUUGCUCAUGACCACCGGUUGCCCUUGUUUCCGAUUAGGCUCUGCGAGCAGUGGCCACCAGCGCCGCAGAACAACGAACGAGGCAUCUACCAGAAUCAAUUGGUGUUCAAGAAUGGCCUCGUGUACAUAGAUGAUCGGCAGAUGAAUAAGGCCCAACGCGUUGCUGACCAGAUUGCUGAAUCUGUUGCACGAAUGGGCAUCUUCGAAACUAAGCUGCAGCUUUAA